AGCUCUGAAACUGCACAGCAAUCAGGGGCAGCUCCGGAGGGUUUGACAUUGGACUACCAACACAUGAUCGGCAGUAUCUUUUCUCUCUGUGAUUGUAACUUGCAACCUGAUCAGCAAGCGCUGGACCGUGCCGGCGACGUCAGAUAGACGUAGAUUCCUAUAAGGUAGCACCGCUGCAUCUGUCUCUGCACCUGUUGCAGUGAUGGUCCCAUCUUGAAAGGAAGUAAGACCAGUCAGAAGAAAGGAAUAUAUUAAAAUCUUUCGUUUUCAAAAACUCCUCUGUGCCACAAGCUCUUGCCAUGGCCAGGAAAAGUGUUUCUCGGACAAGUAGUUUCCUGUGACAGCUCUACACAACUCAUUUAAGAUCCGCUUCUCCUUGUUGUUGUUACCUGAACGGACCAAGAUGAUUUUUGGGCUGCUGCUAAUUCUGUCCAUUUGGGUGGUGUCUGAUCAAGCUGACUCUGCUCAGUCCAACGAACGUCGAGUUGUAGCACACAUACCUGGUGACAUCAUCAUUGGAGCACUGUUCUCCGUCCAUCAUCAGCCUCCUGCUGACAAGGUACAUGAGCGCAAGUGUGGUGCGGUCCGAGAGCAGUAUGGCAUCCAGAGGGUGGAGGCCAUGAUGCACACACUGGACCGCAUCAACGCUGACCCGUUCAUCCUUCCCAACAUCAGCCUGGGCUGUGAGAUCCGGGACUCCUGUUGGCACUCGGCUGUAGCUCUGGAGCAGAGCAUUGAGUUCAUACGGGAUUCACUGGUCUCCUCCGAUGAGGCCGAGGAGUGGGGUGGGGGAGGUUCCUGGGGAGGAGGAGGAGCCGGAGGUGGAGGUGCAACAAUGAAGUGUGCAGACCCCUCUGCCACUCCAAUGCGGGGGAAGAAACCCAUUGUGGGUUUGAUUGGACCGGGGUCAAGCUCAGUGGCCAUCCAGGUACAGAACCUUCUACAGCUGUUCAACAUACCACAGAUUGCCUACUCUGCCACUAGUAUGGACCUCAGCGAUAAGAGCCUUUAUAAAUACUUUAUGCGGGUGGUGCCUUCAGAUGCCCAACAGGCAAGAGCAAUGGUGGACAUUGUCAAAAGAUACAACUGGAGCUACGUGUCUGCUAUACACACUGAAGGCAACUAUGGUGAAAGUGGGAUGGAAGCGUUCAAGGACAUGGCGGCCAAGGAGGGCAUCUGUAUUGCCCACUCUGGCAAAAUCUGGAGCAAUGCUGGAGAACAGAGCUUUGACCGGCUGCUGGAGAGACUGAGGGCCCACCUGCCCAAGGCCAGGGUAGUGGCAUGUUUCUGUGAAGGCAUGACUGUUCGCAACAUUCUCAUGGCCAUGAGACGCCAGGGACUGGUAGGAGAGUUCCUACUCAUCGGCAGUGACGGAUGGGCAGACCGGUAUGAUGUAACAGAUGGCUUUGUUAGGGAAGCAGCCGGUGGUAUUACCAUCAAGCUCCAGUCGGCUGAUGUGAAGUGGUUUGAUGAGUACUACCUUAAACUUCGUCCUGAAAACAACUUCAGGAACCCCUGGUUUCCAGAGUUCUGGCAGCAUCGUUUCCACUGUCGACUUAAAGGCCACCCACAGGAGAACAACAAAUAUAACCGCACCUGUAGCAAACGAGAGUCGCUUCGGCAGCAGUAUGCACAGGACACUAAGAUGGGGUUUGUCAUUAAUGCCAUCUACUCGAUGGCAUAUGGCCUGCAUAACAUGCAACGGGCACUCUGCCCAGGCUAUCAGGGCCUGUGUGAUGCGAUGCGACCUAUAGAUGGUGCUACUCUCCUGGACUUCCUGAUGACCAACUUCACAGGCGUGUCAGGGGAGGGAAUCCUAUUUGAUGAGAACGGAGACUCACCUGGCAGGUAUGAAAUAAUGAACUUCAAAAAGAUGGGGAAGGACUACUAUGACUACAUUAAUGUUGGCAGUUGGGACAAUAGAGGCUUGAAGAUAGAUGAUGAUGAAAUCUGGCCCAACAAAGAUGCCAUGAUUAAGUCAGUCUGCAGUGAACCCUGUGACAAAGGACAGAUUAAGGUGAUUCGUAAAGGGGAGGUGAGCUGCUGCUGGACAUGCACUCCCUGUAAAGAAAAUGAGUUUGUGUUCGACGAGUACACCUGCCGAGCCUGUGAACUGGGCUCUUGGCCUACUGAUGAUCUGACAGGCUGUGAUGCAAUCCCAGUGGAGUAUCUGCGGUGGGGAGACCCUGAACCCAUUGCUGCUGUGGUCUUUGCCUGCCUCGGUCAAAUGGCCACAUUUUUUGUCACCGCAGUCUUCAUCAGGUUUCGGGACACACCAGUAGUGAAAUCUUCCAGUAGGGAGCUGUGCUACAUAAUACUGGCAGGGAUCUGUCUGGGGUACCUGUGUACCUUCAGCCUCAUAGCCAAACCCCAUGUUAUCCACUGCUACCUCCAACGACUGGGAAUAGGUCUGUCACCUGCCAUGAGCUACUCUGCGCUUGUCACCAAGACAAACCGCAUCGCUCGGAUCCUGGCAGGCAGCAAGAAAAAGAUCUGUACAAAGAAACCUCGCUUCAUGUCUGCCUGUGCUCAGCUCAUCAUUGCCUUCCUCCUCAUACUGCUGCAGCUGGGCAUCAUCGUAGCUCUCUUCCUCAUGGAGCCACCUGAGGUGAUCCAUGACUACCCCAGCAUCCGCCAGGUCAACCUCAUUUGCAACACCACUAACCUGGCCGUGGUUGCCCCGCUGGGAUACAAUGGUCUGCUCAUCCUCAGCUGCACCUUCUAUGCCUUCAAGACCCGCAACGUCCCAGCUAAUUUCAAUGAGGCUAAGUACAUUGCCUUUACCAUGUACACCACCUGUAUCAUCUGGCUGGCCUUUGUACCCAUCUACUUUGGUUCCAACUACAAAAUUAUCACCAUGUGCUUCAGUGUCAGCCUCAGUGCCACUGUGGCUCUAUGCUGCAUGUUCGUACCCAAGGUGUACAUCAUUCUAGCAAAACCAGAGCGUAACGUGCGCAGUGCCUUUACCACUAGCACAGUAGUGCGCAUGCACGUGGGUGACGGCAAAUCUUCCUCAGCCGCCAGCCGUUCUUCUAGUCUGGUUAAUCUGUGGAAACGCAGAGGCUCUACUGGAGAGACACUCAGCUCCAACGGUAAAUCAGUGUCUUGGGCGCAGACGGAGCGCAGUGGCUCACGUGGCAACCACCUGUGGCAGCGGCUAUCCUUCCAUAUCAAGAAGAAGGAGAACAAUCAGACUGCGGUCAUCAAGCCCUUCUCGAAAACGUCAGAGGAGCGUUACUGUGGAGGGGGGGACCUGCCCCCACAUGUCCCUCUGCCCUCCCUCCCCUCUAUGUCCUCCCUGCCCAGUCAUCCUGACACUGUCACAGACAAGACCCUGUACGAGCUCUCCGAAGCAGAGGAGCGCUACUCCAUCACAUACCGACCACAGACGCCCUCGCCAAUCAGCACGGUUAGUCAGAGGCUAGGGGUGGGUUUUGGGGAGGAGCCUCCGAUGACUGGUAUUUCACAGUACCAGAGCAGCAUCUGCAGUGGCGGCAGCGGCAGCAGCUGUGGUCCUUCCAGCAGCGGCUCUAUCGUCGCUGGGAGUGACGGCCGUUUGAUUACUGUGGACGAUCACCCGGGAGAGCCCCAGAGCUCACUGAUGGAUCAGAUCAGCUGUGUGGUAAACCGCUUCACCGCCAACAUCACUGAGCUCAACAGCAUGAUGUUGUCCCCCUCUCCGACGCACUCACACACGCACAAACACACACCUCCUUCUCCUCACCCCACCGACCCAUAUCUGCUACCCCGUGAAAUCCAGAUGCCCCCGACCCUCACCACCUACGCCGACGUCCAGCCCCUCCCACCUGUCGAGUCCAGCUUGGGGGGCCGAGGUGGGUGUCUUGCACACCCUAUUCCUCAUUCACCUUACCCCCUGCCGCCUCUUCACCCCCAGACCUCCCCCUCUCUCUCCCCCAUGCGAGGAGGCCUGAUCACCUGCCUCACCGACUCUCCUCUGAGGAGGGCGGAGUUGGAUGAGGAGCUCAUUGCUUUGACUCCACCGUCGCCUUUCCGCGAUUCCUUGGCAUCUAGCAGUGGCUCAGCUAUCUCAGAGAUAGACCUGUGUCUCCCCCCAGUUCCCUCCCAUCCUCCUCCCUCUCCCCCUUCGCCCAGGUACAGCAGACUGACACUCAGAAACUACAGCCAGAGUUCAUCCUCACUGUGAGACAGAGACAACAAGUAAAGAAAAUGCAGAAGUGAAGAGGAGCACUCAACAGCAACGGUCAACAUGAGAAAAGAGUAAGGGAAGAUGGAAGUACAGAAAUCCAUUUGUCCCUACGUGGAGCAAAAACCUGAAGUAAAGGAGUCGUGGAAGACUGGUUGGUGAAGACACCAAGCUGCAACAGUUGGCUGUGUUUGUGUUUACAUGUUUGCAGUGGGAUGCAAGUAUAACACACUUGCCCACGUUGUAUUUUCUUAGUGCUGUUUGUCACAAGUGGGGUGUGAAGAACUGCAAAAAUGGCCACUAUAACUUGGCAGUGCUUUGGUGUCUGUAAAGCCUGAAAUCAUUCUCGAAGGUCUAGAUCAAUGUGCAUUUAGGUUUGGGUAGUGGCCUUAAGAAAAAAUGGCUAUCAACUAAUUAGAGAUUGUAAAUGUGUGCGUAUGAGUAUGUUUUUGUUUCUGUAUCUUAGUUAAUGAGAGGUAAAUGGCAACAUGACAGCAGUAUUGAUGAGGCGAGACUCCUUAAGCCUGUACGGACUAAACACUAAACAGAGGCUAUCAAGGGCACACAUAUAUAUAUAUAUAUAUAUAUGAUCAUACACACUCACAGUCACACAAACAAAUACAAUGUAAGGAAAAACACUGUAAAUAUAUGAGAAGUUAUGGAUUUUGUCUUUGAUCAAGUCCAACAUGCUUCUGACAAAAGUGCAUUGUGUUAACAUACCAGGCUGUAUGUUACUCUGAAGAUUUUUCUCACAAAAAGCAUCUUUUUAUUCAUUCAGCUCUCUGAUCUGUCCGCUCCACAUAGCUUUGUUUUCCUCAGUCCCUCUUUCUCUUGCUGCUUUCUUUUAUCCUGCCAGUAUUUCAGUAUUUUCUACUCUUCUGGUUUGUUUUCUUCAGAAGUUUGAAUGUAUGUUUUCUACAUGAUUGCUGAAGUAGUUGGGACCAAACGAUUUUUACCUCUGCGACUCGAGAAAGAGGGAGAGGAGGGAUUGACUAGACCGGGCCUUGUUUUAUCCUGAACAUCUUAGUCAUUAAAUGUUCAGGUGGACUACUUUCAGAAAACUGACCCCAAAGCUUUUUUCUAGUUUGUGAAAUUUCAUACAUUCCAUACAAUGUGUCAGCAGGACACAAGUGUUGCACUCUUUCAUCAAAGGCAGUCCUUUGAAUGAGAUUAAGGCCCCAUCCACAUUACUGCGUUUUCAUUUUAACAUGGAGACAAUUUGCCAGGUUUGCACCUCCCAUCCAGACUAAAAUGGCGAAAAUGAAGACCUAAAACAGAGAAGUUUGAAAACGCUGCCGACCCUAUUUUUUGUUUUGAAAGAGCGUUGUAGUGCACGCUGUUUUCCGCCAUCACAGUCACUUUUAACUUCCGUGUUACAAUCAGUAACAGUCAGCUCAUUAUUGGUGCAUGCAAAAUAAAAUCUGGUAUAGUUCUUUGUCUGUAGUACUUUAUUCUUUCGCCAAAUCUUCUGUAACUACAGAAUAGACCAUCUGCUUCAUGUUUACACCGACAUGCACAUGUCCAGUGUACAUGAACGACCACUAGAUGUGCAUUUUCAGUCGUUUUAGUAUAGACAGAGAUCAACUCUGAUACGCAGCCAAAAUGCUGGUGUGGGUGGAGAUCGUAUUCGUUUUAAUUGUCCGUUUUUAAACUAAAACGGACUAAUGUAGAUGGGACCUUAGUGGGCACAGAUUGAUAGAUUCAAACAGGGAGAGAGAGCCUCCUCCUCCUCGGCUUCUGCCAGGGUCGUCUGUUGCAGAGGUGCGAAGACCCUUUUGAACUUCUUCACUCUUUUGUUACAAAGAGAGGCAGAACAGCAAAAGAGGUGAGAUGAGACUGGUCUUGAUCUUCUAAUCUAAAAAAGCGAUUCAGUAAAUUUCCAAAAUGUCAAUCAAUUGCUUUAAAGUGAGGUCUCAUGAGACUAAUAUAAAUUGUCAUGGAAAAUGUUGCAAGUGAAUGUAGUCCAGGUGGUAAUUACAUUAUCUCUAAAAGGUAUUUGGCAAUAUUAGUAUAUCUUUGCUUUUGGUAGGAGACAGGGUUUGGUUUAUAUGGCGAGAAUUACGGUUUGAUAUUAGCGUAAAGGUCAACCUCAAUACAAUAUGUUUAUGCAUCUUAAUAUUCCAUUCAUAAAUGUUGAGGUGAUGGGUAAACAGAACAAAAAACACUAAAAUAUCUCAUUUGGAUGUUUCAGAUUUUCAUAAAAACAUAUGCCUUUAAAUGGAAAAUUGUACUUACACAUGCCAACACUGUAAGUACUCAUGCCUACUCACAGAAUUUGAGUGAGUACCCAGAGUAGUACUGGGAUAUAAAAUGUGCCGAUGAAUGCAUUCACUAAGAUGCUUUUGAGAAAUGGGGUCUUGGCUUUUGUCAGCUCCCUCCACAGAGAAAAACACUCAUAAACAACAAGAGUCAGAAGGUUGUGAUACACAAACAUUUUUAGAUAUUUUGUAUGAGGCAUGUUCUCUGCAUCAAAGACAUUGAUUGGUAUAUCUGACUUAAUUUAAGAUAAUUGGACUGUUGGUAUCACAACACAAAAAAAAAAAUCAAUACUUUAAAACAACCCCUGUGUAUUAUUGUAAAUCAUGAUAUUUUCCGCAGCAUAUGCGUUCAUCUGCUGUCCUGGCUGACUGAUCCAGAUGUGAUCCGUGGUCUGAUUUCCUCGUGAGUGUAGUAUUUCUGCUCUACAGUAGCCAGCAAGAACAAACUCAGACAAAGUGAUUCUGUAAAUAAUAAGGGCAUGCAAAGACCGUUCUUUUUUUGUUUCAGAUGAAAGUAAAUUUAUUUACAUAUCAACAAAGGUGAAAAAAGGAAAAAAAGAUGUUUUUGAACUAUGUUAUAACAUCAUACAGUACCAAUAUGUGUUACGACUACAGAAACUGUGUUACUACUCUGAAUGUGUGAGUGACCAUUCCUAUUCAAAUGUCUUGUAAUUCAACAGUAUAAUAAUAAUUAAUAUGAAUAUGAUUAUUGUGCCAAAGGGGUUAGGGAGAGUCUAGCUUACUAGCUCGUGGGUAAAUACGUGGUUUCAUAAAAAAAAAAAAAAAAAAAAAAAUGUAAAUGUAAAACUGUUUCUAUUGUUUUGGAUAUUUUCUAUAUAUUCCACAUUUUCCAGUGUAAAAGCAAUAUUAUCCAUAUGUAUACAAGUUGCACAUCAUGGGGUUUUUCUGAAAUCCUAAACAACGUUUUAGAUUGUUGUUCUUUUUCAUACUUAUGUAAUCUCUGGUGGAGAAUUCAACAGGGAAGAUGGUGGGUGGAUAAGUUGACAUUUUUCUUUGCAUUCUUCUCUUAAUCUUUAUGUAAGGUACGACUCCCUACUUUUGUUGUUAUCUUCUCACAUAUUUCACUUUUAUCCACCAUGAAUUUCUGGUUCACUCUCUGAUCUAAACUUUUAGUUUGUGUGCCAUUAAUUGUUGUUUACUCUUUUGCUGUUUAUCAAGACGUGUGCCGGUUAAUUAGGAUACAAACCUGAAUUGGUGUAGCUAUAGUAUGAAUAUAAACUUUUUCUUGGGUCCCAAAUGGGAAAAACUAUGUGAUCAGCUUACUAAGUGAUCAAUCAACAUCUGAGAUAAUUGUACAAAGACAUCACUUACAGUAUGAUAGAGAGAGAAAUUGACACCAAAAAAAAAAAAGCAUGUAACGAGAACUGUUGGUCAUACUUGUUGACAUAAUUGGUUCCUGUCUCAAACUGCUGUCUGAAUCAUUACCUCUACAUCUGCUUAUCUAAUUUUAACAGUCUGGACCCUGAAUUGUUGUUAAAAGAAUUAACCAGUGCCAUUGCUAAGAUGUUACUGGGGAGGAGCUGGUUUAUGUGCUGCUAUCACUGACAGUGUUUACAAUAUGCUGAGAGAGUAACAGGGCGCUUGCUUCAGCACUUCAGCAGCAUGUUAACAGCACCCCUGGGUGAGGCUCGACAGUUGUGUGCUACCGCUGCAGAAAAAGACAGGAUCAGCACUUACAUCUACUGCUAUCUUAUUCUCUUUUAAGGCCUCUGUUAGUGGUAUCGAUUUAUAUUAAAAUGAGUCAUUAAAAAGGAUAGUUAGAAGAGUGCAGCAGGCUUAUUACGAAACUGCAAGAAAAGUGAGGCAGAGAAUCAUGGCCUCAUAUAUUUGGCAUAAAAAGUAAUGCAGGUAUUGAGUUGUAAGUCCGAUAUAAAAUCACUGAACCACAAGGAUAUGAAAAUGAAUCUGUCCUCUAUUGUAACAUCUUGACAAAUCUUGUGUUUGGAUCCAAUCUCUUCAGUUCUCAAGGGAUAUUUACACCUGGUGAAUUUGGGCGUUUCUAACAUUUUCCAUGACAAAUGCGUAGUAUCGCCCCUUUAUGGAAAUAAAAAGUUGAGCUUCAGUAGUAAUGCAGACAGGACAUUUUGAUGACAAACUGUGAGCUUUCUGCACUAAUACUGUUGCACCACAUUUUAGCCCUGCCUCAAGGAUCAUAAAAAUCACUCACAUUAAUCUGGGGUGAUCUCAGUUAGGGAUAUUUCCGCCUCGUAUUUUAGCCAAAAAAAUGAUGAUGAUAAUGAGAAAAGUCUUAUGCUUGCCUGGAAGAUGAUCUCCUGAUGAUGUCUACCCAAAAUGCUGUUGGCUGACUUACUUUUGUAAAUGCACUCUAAAGAAUUGGAUUGAUAAUCCCUGCGCUCAAAAAUACUUUUAAUCCAGACAUGCUCAUCUGCUGAUCAGAAGGAGAAAAAAAAGAGACAAGGUCAUUUAUUUUAUACUUUAUGACUGAAAAUUGUCACUGUUUCACUGGUUGUCUCUCAAUCCUUAAACCCUGGUUCAGAGCCAGAUAUCCGUAAUUAUGGGCCUGUCACAUGUUUCCUUCUAGUGUUCUUUAUAAUAUAUUUUUUAAAAGCCUUGGUUUCGGGGUGCAAUAUCAUUUAAUUUUGGAUUGCAAGAAUCAGCAUCUGUAGGCAGAUUAGUAAUGUACUGAUGAGGUAGACAGUUUUUCAGAAGAAGGACCUAGGAGGAUCACAAAAACCCGAUUUAGGGCUUUAUCAGUCUGACUGGCAGUGCUGUGUGAUGGAGCAGCCUCUCCCACUGUCCUGCCUGAUUAUUUGUUUGAUUUGAUACAGAAAACAGAACUAUGUUUACUGUGUAAACACCGCAUAGACAAAUGGUUGUACACGCUGUCAGGGCAGGCUGGAAGAAGUUUGUUUUGUCAGGCCACUGUCUCACAUAAUUCAAUCAAGUCAAGAUGAACACCUUGUUGUGAGUGCAGUUUGGUGGAUAUCACAAAUAGUUUCUUGCCUUUUAACAGCGAUAAUGAAAUGAGUAAAUCACAAGAUGUUUAUGCGAAGUAAGAACAAAAGUGUUGGGUGGGGCUGGGUAUUGAAAUUCUUGUUUACACUGAGGCUGAGAUCAACGGGCCCCUCUUUCCUCUAUCUGCAAAGCAGUAAAUUCCUUCACAGUUGUGUUGAUUUAGUUCAGUUGUUGAUUCAGUUGUUUCUAGCACACUAAUCAAAAGAAACUAGUAAGGAUGCAAGCUUAAUGAUACCCAUUCCUAAGAGUAAAUGCCUCAUGAAAUUUUGCAGAACUUGGUUAUUUAAGAGUUAGGCUGAUUUUUUUUAUUUUACAGCAAAAAAAUCAAUAUGGGAAAAUUCAAAAGAAGUAUCGUUAGAAGCCGGUAUUGAUAAUUGUACAAGGAUACUGAGUCCUACUGUUGAUAAUGGUGCAGUCUUUAAAGGACGGAACAACUCGAUGUCUUAAAAAUCAUCAACAGUAUUUUUGCAAGUUUGUCGGAAGCUGCUGAUUUGAAUGUUGCUUUUUAUAACUUAGUAAAGAACAUGUGUCUUUUAAUAUGUGAUUGUUUCCUCAGCCAAUGUGGUUAAAUAACUUAUUUUAGGCAGUCGGUGUAGGUUAAAUAGGGCAGAGGAGAUGGAGUUGCGUUAUAAGUCAGCCCUUAAGAAAUUAGCUACUGUGUUAUAUUGAUUAGUAAGAGAGGAGUUUGUGUAUGUGCUUAUUUGGCUUCAGGAUUUAUGAGAAAGUGGAAUAGUCUAUCAAGCAGGUCUGUGUGUGUCUUUAGGGGAUAAUAUUGUUUUGUAUACAGAGCAGGCAAGUUGCCGAAUUGUGUAUUGAUGGUUUGUAAAAAAAUAUUUAGUUAAACCAACUCAUCCCAUGUUUCAAUUUAUAAGAGAGUUAAACCAAACUGAGGUGUGACAUUUCACCAUAUAACAGAGGUAUUUUUGCAGGGCAUGAUGGGAUCAAAGAAACACCAUUGUGGCUGAUAUUUCGAUAUUGUUUUAUGCUGCGUGCUUUUUAUAUUCUUCAUAGACCAUCUUGUUGGGAUUACUGCUGUGGACACAAACACAAGCACAAUCCCCCAUUAAAACCCCCUCCUUAAAAUUCUGACAGAUUCUAUUUUCAGUACAGUGUUUGAGGUAUCAAUAAGUAAAUGAUGACGUGGUGUUUACAUUCUUACUGAUCACUUGAGAUAAUCAAGAUGAUCAUGUUUAAUUACUGACUUCGGGUUGUGACAUUUUACGAGCUUGUAAGCAAACAUAGGUCUUUUUGCGUUCUUCAGCAACACUGAGGUGGAUGAUCUGAGCACAGAACAAAUUUCUCUUAUUCUCAACUAAGGCAUCUGCAUAAAAAUAAAGGUGUUGUUAUGUUCCAAUUUUUUUACAACCCAGAUUUAACAAAACCUUAAUUCAACCAUUCUCAUUCGAGCAGCUAGUUUGGGGUUCGUUUUGAAAAUGAUGAUGGGUUAGCAUAAACGUAAUUAAAGGGAAGUGGAAUGAGCUGAAUUCCCUAUACUCAGUGUAGAAUCUAAUAUAUUUUUUCUAUAUUCAUUUACAACUAGAAAGUGACUAUUAUGGAAAUGGAAAUGUAUGAUAAAUGUAUUCUAGUUAUUUAUUUUAAAAAAUAACAGCAAAGUCGGGCUUAGAUUGCAGUGUAUCCCUAGACUCCAGUGGUGUUUAAUCACGGCGUUGUUAACAUAAGCGCCUCCACUCAGUGCCAACUUUCACUCAUCUUUUUAUUUCAAGUGCUACUGCAUUUUUUUUAGCUCGGGUGGAUAAACACUGCAGAAAUAUGAAUAAACUGGAAUUAUAUCGACAUGCUCAUCUGUGGAGAAAAUUUCUAAUUAUAUAUUUUUUUCAUAAACUGUUCCAAUAUUUUGUAAAUGUGAUAAAGAUGGUUUUAAUUCCAUCAUUUUCUAAAGGAAGCCUUGUAGUGUUUAUCCACCCUCGGGAUAGUUGGUAAUUACUUUUAAUGAACAUGACUUUUAAAGCAUUGUUGUUAUGUUUUUGCUUCCCCCCUCCCCUCUGAUGUUCAGAACUUCAGAAUGUACUUUGAUGCUUUAUAUUGAUGUGAUAAUGGCAGACGGUUUUAUAUUUGGAUAUUUGAUUCUUUAUUUAAUAUUUUCACACAGCUUUGUGAAGUGUGCAUUGUAAGAACAUAGCUGGAAAAUACAGCGUGUUUCUUAGUGGCUUUUUAGUUGGGUGAGUUGAUGAUUGGUGAGGUGGCAGGUUGUAGACUUCUACUUCAGAUUUUUAUGUUCGAUUUUACUGAUUUUCCCCACAAAUAAGCUUUAGACUUCCAUCAGCCAUUAAACAAUAAGAUACCAUGGUUUAUUCCCUGAAAGGGUUGAUAUCUAAAUGAAUUGCCUUCAGAUUGUGCUGGGCCACAUUGUUUGUCACUGACACUGAGGCCUCGUUCACAUGCUUUUUGGAGGCUCCCUACAGACCUGUCAGUAAGAACAAGAGCAGUUUUGGCCAAAAAGAGUUCUUCUCAUCCCCCAGUUAAUGAAUCUUUAUCUCCUCACUCCAAAUUGGCCCGCUGUGAUGCCUGUGAAGCUCGUCUCUGGGCUGAUCUGUGGCCAUUGGGAACAGAAAUUGGAGAGUGGGCAGUGUUAUGUUUCCUGUACCUUAAUAUAACUACACCAUGUAUUUGUUUAUCAGAGGACACAAGAAAUGAGGAGUAGGGAGCUUUUUAUAAAAGCCUGGAGCCAAAGGUUCACAUAAUUAUAGAAAGUGUUUUAUCUAACAUUGGAUGAUUAAAGUACUAUUUUAUGAAAUUCCUAAAUCCCAUCAACUCUGGCACAAUUGUGGGUACACCUAUCCAUAAAUAUGUUCAUUUUGUAGGUGAUUGGUGUUUUCAGAGGGGAUGAUCAAAGUUAGCAAAUUGGACCGUGCAUGCAUAAUAGUUUGACCGAAAGCGUCAGCUGGCAAACAGAAAAUGCAAAAAAGUUUAAAUAUAAAACAACUUUUCAUAUGAUUGAUGUGUAUCCCAUUUGGCAACAAAAUGAUUCCUCUGUCCUGUGUACAUUUCAUCCUUAGCUUUUCUCCAUCUGUCAUAAAUGGGAGGAGCUGUUGAACAAAGAAGAGAUGCAAGGCAGGAAGUGCAGCUGCAUUAAUGGGAUCUGAGAAGAACCACUUUUCUGCAGAAACACCGUUAUACCGCAGCACUUUGGCAUUAACAGCUGGAUUUUUAAAAGUCACCAUAGUUUGACUCGCUGCAGUCAAACGCCCACCCACUGAGCACCAAGAAAGAGCUAGAGUAGCCUUCUUAAAAUGAAAAAAAGAAAAGUCACAGUGCAUUCAUUAACUCAUUAACUUGCAGCUCUUUAUGAUGGCAUGGUUCUCUUUGUGUUUUUUCUUACUGGGAUGUAACGCAACAACUCUGGAACCCUCCAGUCAGUGUGAACACCAUGCAGCAGUGCUGUUGAGUCAGACAGGCAAUGGGAUAUGGUGUUGGGGGGGAAACUUACAAAGAGAGGGUUAUGCUUUAUGUUGUUUUUUUUUGCCAUUGAUAAAACAUUGUGUAAGUGUACUACAGAGUACCUCUGAGUCAUUAUUGAAAUCAUUAUUAAAAAAACUAUG